AUGUGUUACUAUGUUACAGGAUGCACUCAGGAAUCAUCAUCCAGUCGUGCCAAUCGUGAAGAAGAAUCACAACAACUGGUGCUGAGAAUACACAGGGGAAGACCGUGCUCGACACCGCAGCGUACCCCGCUCUCAGUGCACUCGAUGUCCUCAACACUGAGUGUCAAUAGUAAUAAUGAGGAAAUGUUGCCACUGCACCACCAGUCGGCUGGCAUGGGUGGCCACAUGCAUGCAUCGACAAUACCCAAGAGGGCAACAUCAAUGAGAGUUCCUAGACAGAGACAUGAGAAAAUCUCGAUAAAGGUGUCAUUUCCCUCGUCGGAAAAUGUAUUGGACUCAAAUAUGUCCAUAAACAGUACACCACCCACCUAUGCUUCGGUAGUUAGUACAACAGUGGCAGCGGCCUCCAAUGUAUCGCCACUGACCAAUGGACGACGUAGUUCAUUUAAAAGUAGCCUCCUGGAUAUUGGAGAAACCACCUUCAAUGUAGAUUCGGCAACAUCAACAGCAGAAUCACCAGCCGCCUCACAUUCAUCCACCUCACCGAAUGCCCGACCCAUGGAGUCACAUCCAAAUCGUUUUAAUAUGGUGGCCAAAAAGAACGAUAAUAAAAAACAUCGUGGUAAAAGAUCUGUCAAAUUUCAGGUGAAACGUUUCAAAGUGGAGACCAAAGCUGCCAAAACGCUGGCCAUUAUUGUUGGCGGUUUCAUCUUCUGCUGGUUGCCGUUCUUCACCAUGUAUCUGAUAAGAGCCUUCUGCGAACAAUGCAUCCAACCAACCGUCUUCUCAGUACUCUUCUGGCUGGGCUACUGCAAUUCUGCCAUAAAUCCUCUCAUUUACGCCCUGUUCUCUCACGAGUUUCGCAUCGCCUUUAAACGCAUCGUCUGUCGUUGUGUUUGUACACGCAGUGGUUUCAGAGCCUCCGAGAAUUUCCAAAUGAUUGCGGCUCGUGCUCUCAUGGCACCGGCAACAUUCCACAAAACAAUAUCAGGUUGUUCGGAUGAUGGCGACGGACCGGAUUUUAGCUGACUAAUGAUGUUGGAUGACGACGAUACACCACAACAUGCGCCUA